AUGCUCGCCCACCGUCUCCUCCUCGUCGCCGUCGCCGCCGCGGCUGCUGUGAGCGGCACCGCCUUCGCUAAGCCGACGGCGUAUGAAGCCCUCGCCGACUUCGACUUUCCGCCGGGGAUCCUCCCCAAGGGCGUGGUCGCCUACACGCUCGACAACGCUACGGGCGCCUUCACGGCCACGCUCGAUGCCUCCGCGUCCGGCACCGGAUCCUCCUCCUGCGAGUUCUCCAUCGAGGGCUCCUACUCGCUCCGCUACCAGACCAAGAUCACCGGCAAGAUCUCCCCCGACCACCUCACCGACCUCCAGGGGGUCUCCGUCAAGGUCCUCUUCCUCUGGAUCAACAUCGUCGAGGUCACCCGCCGCGGCGACAACCUCGAGUUCUCCGUCGGCAUCGCCUCCGCCGACUUCGGGAUUGAGAACUUCCUCGAGUGCCCCACCUGCGGCUGCGGGUUCAACUGCAACGACCUGCUCAUGCUCCAAAAGCCGGGGGCCGCCACCGCCAAGCUGCGCCUGCGAGGUGCCUUCUAG